AUGAUUUCGCAUAUAACCGGUCCUGACCCGAAUCCGAACUAUAGGGGCCGAGGGCGGACGGAGGCCAGUGGUAAAUUAUGGCUCCGCGGGACUCCGGUUCUAGCCGUAUCUGGCCCGGUGCUGCGAGGUUCCCCUGGAUUGCAAAACGUAAACAAUAGCCAUACAGAAAGAAACGAUAGCGUGGAAAAGGCGGGUAAGAUACGCUUAAUAAAACGUCUCCGCGAAGCGGUAUCGCCAUUUUCCCAGAUAACCGGGUAA